AUGGUAAAACAAGGCAGCCGACCUGUCAAGAUCGCCGCUACGCCGCCACAAGAAGAUAAGAAGUACUUAGUGUUAGAAGCCAAAUACCUAAGUGCCGCCGAGAAACUACUAGUACGCGCCUCACAAGAAGAUAGCUACGAAAAAGAGAGAGGGCGCAUAGCAAGCGGCCGCGCGCCAGACAAGGACGACCGACUGGCCAAGCUGAGUGUCUAUAUGGACGGCGAUCACAUUAUACGUCUGCGGGGCAGAAUAGCGGCCGGCGACUUACAAGAAGAGACAGUGCGACCUAUAGUGCUACACGGGAAACAUCACUAUACAAAGUUAUAUGUUUCUCACGUUCACGAACAGUUACAUCACGGCGGCACCGAAAUAGUGGUUAACGAUCUGCGACAGCGUGUGCAUAUAGUGAAAAUAAGACCGACAGUGAAACAAGUGAUCGCCCAGUGCCCAAAGUGUCGCCUGCGUCGCGCCAAGCCCGCGGCGCCAUCUACGGGUGACCUGCCAGCGGCGCGCCUAGCACAUCACGUUAGGCCCUUCACAUACACGGGUCUGGACUACUACGGGCCGCAAGAAGUUACAGUGGGCCGUCAUAGAGAGAAAAGGUACGUCGCACUGUUCACCUGUAUGACGUCGAGGGCCGUACACCUGGAGAUGGUUGCCUCACUGAGCACCGACUCCGCCAUCAACGCACUGCGCCGCUUUAUCGCUCGGCGCGGGUGCCCUACCGAACUGUGGAGUGACAACGGGACUGCCUUCAGAGGUGCACACCGAGAGCUGGCGGAAGCAAUGAGAGACGCCGCCCACGCACGCCGCAUCAAUUGGCGUUUCCUUCCCCCCGCCGCCCCAUUCAUGGCGGGCGUGUGGGAACGUAUGGUGCGCACCGUCAAAGAAGCAAUGAAGGCUACGCUGCACGAGAAGUACCCGAGCGACGAGACCCUGCAGACCCUACUGGCGGAGGCGGAGGCAACCGUCAACUCAAGACCGCUGACCUACGUGGCCGUGAAUCCAGAGGACCCGCCGGCCUUGACCCCGAACAUGAUCCUGCUGGGGCCGGACUGCUACUCACCUGCACCCGGCACCUUCGAGGAGAGCGACACCAACGCGCGACAACACUGGAAGCGCGCCCAGCAGCUCGCCGACACCUUCUGGCAGCGCUGGGUUCGCGAGUACGCGCCGCUACUCCAACACCGGCGGGAGCCCUACGACGGAGGAGUCGCCCCGGCCGUCGGAGACGUCGUCAUCAUCUGCGACUCCAACCUCCCCCGUAACACAUGGCCACGGGGGAUAGUGACGCAGACGUACCCGGGCAAGGAUGGCGUGGUUCGAGUCGUGGACGUCUCUACGAGCAAGGGACACGUGCUGAGGAGGCCGACAAAGAAGAUCGUCGUGCUACCAGUAGGUUCGCGAAGCGACGGCGGGAGAAAUGUACACGACGCGCGUUUAGAUUAA